UCAUUUUUUAUUAUAAUAAUAGCAAUUUAUUAGUUAUUGUGGUUUAAUGUAUUUCAAAAUGGCGGUUACUAGUGAUAUUUUGAGGGAGAUGCUGUAUUUACCCAAAUCUUUUAAAGAGAUUAUGAAAGAAUGUGAAGAUACUGGGUUACCUUUGAAAGAAUGUGAAGCUGCUCUUAAUAGUGCAGUUAUGUGCAAAGUGAUUCAACAGAAGCCAGUGAAAAGUUUAAACUUUAGUGCUACCGUAUACAUGAUUAGUUCCAACUGUUCUUCCCAUCAUUGCACGUCAGAGACACAAACUGAACAUGAAUCUGUGAGCCCUAGCAAGGUAUCAUUGCUCUGUGGUGUUGAGGAAAAGUCUAAUGAGAAGCAGCUGGAUUUAAGCAGCCAAGUUACUGCCGUAAUCCCACAACCAAUAUCAUCUAGUCCUUUUAAACAAUGUACAAGAGCUGAACCAAAUACUCAGCUAUUGUCUGAGAUUGAAUCGCUAAAAUUAAAGCUCUCAGAAACUGAGAAAGAGAUUGCAUUGCUAGCAGAAGAAUACAGUGAACAUGAGCUACAGGACCACAUACAGAAGCUGCACGAGUAUAAUGAAAUAAAAGACGUUGGACAAAUUUUACUUGGGAAGCUUGCAGAAAUGGAAGGGCUUACCACAAGUCACCUCUAUCAAAGAUAUGAUCUCACUUUAGAUGACUGAUUCGAAUUUUAAAUCAAUAGAAUAGCGUAGUGUCACAUAUGUCAUUGACUAAUUGUUUGAAAAGCAUAUUCAUUAACAGAGCUUUUGUGAUAUUUAUUUAACACGCUAUCAA